CAUCAUCGCCGUUCUUCUAAGGAUUGAAGAGGUUGCUCAAAGUGAGAGGCAUGGAUGGGCCAAAGUGUUUGGAACGGCAAUGGGUCUUUCAGGGGCUAUGGUUUAUACUUCUCUACAUUCAAGUCAUUAUAAUGAAGUCACUCUUGCAGCCUCUUUUUCCAAGACCCACACUAGAGAAGAAUGGAUCAAGGGCUCUCUCAUCAUGAUUGCUUCCAACUUGACUUGGGCUUUAUGGCUCAUCAUGCAGCUCUCUUUUUACUAAUCACUCCUCCAUAUCCCUCUAAAUUUUUAUUACACUUUGCAUAUGUAAGGGGGUUUUAAUGCAAUUCAUUAUCCUGUAAUAUUAUUAAUGAAUAAAAUAGGCAGGGAUAUAGAUUGCUUCAUUUUAAAAUUGAAACAUCUGUUGUAGUUCUUGACCAAUAAUUUUCUGAAUGAAUAUUUUGUUUUCAGAAUCCAAUUCUGAAAAUUUACCCCGCGAGAUUGCGGCUGACGACUCUACAGUGCAGCUUCUGCUGCCUCACGACAGCAAAUAUGGUGCAAUCGUGGAGAGGAAUAUAGCAUCUUGGAAGCUUGGUUGGAAUGUUGAUCUUUUGGCCAUCGUCUAUUGUGGGGUUGUGGUGACGGGCAUUAGUUACUCGUUGCUAGUUUGGGUUAUAGAGAAAAGAGGGCCGGUUUUUCCGGCAAUGUUCAGCCCAUUACCUCUAAUAAUGACAGCCAUUUUCUCAGCUAUUUUCUUGCACGAAACUCUUCAUUGGGGAAGGUCGGUCGGUCGGUCGGUCGUGUAUUGCUGGUGGGUGGGCUUUAUGCUUUCUUUUGGGGUAAGUACAGAGAGGCCCAACAGAAAUUGGAUGGGCCCAAAGAGGAAGCCCAUUUGGAAUCCAUCGUUACGUCGAAGUCGAACUCACCCAAUCAUGUGCAGGAGAAAGAGACUCACGCGGGGUAAUUAUCAUCAUAAUAAUGAUAGAGGACAUAUUUUUAUUUUGGGAUACUAAUUUACGACAGGUUAAGAAAUCUUUUUAUGGUCAAAUUAUUCUUAUAUAUUUCAAUACAUUAAUGCAAGA